GCGGCGCAUCUUCAAAGCUGAGACUUUCAACUCGUGUACAUCAUCUUAACUAACAAUCAAUGACAAUAUUGAAGAAACCAAAACAGCCAUCAAUUUUCUCUCUCGAGUAGUAAAGAAAAUACCUCUUUCAUCAUACCUAUUAAUCCUAGAUACUUUAUUUCUCGUGUUAUCUAGUGAUACCAGCUACCAGCGACCUGUUUCUACCUAGGCAGCGUCUACUAAGCUCGAAAUACUUCUCCCUCCAGCUGCGCCCUUCCAUAUCCGCCUCUAUCCAUUUCGAACCCUCUCUACGCAGAACAAUAAAUACUUUGUCAUGAUCUCCACGUUGUCGUCAACAACCACGCAACCAUGAGGGCCAGGGGAGCUUCGGGGGCGGCAACCUCGCUGUGGUCGUCCGUCUUCUUGUUAACAGCUCUUCUAUGGAGCGUCCCGACUGCUUACGCAAAGAGCGGACCGAACAUCGUCGUCAAAGAGUUCGAAAACCCGCCGAACAACCUGAACUACUUCAAAGGUUCAAAUGUCGUCCUAUUCCAAGAAGCCUACGGGCACACCAUUUGGCGUUCGACUGAUGGCGGCGCAAACUGGUCAAAAGCCGAAGGAAUCGAACACGAUAAGGCCGCCGCCCUAGUCAUGCACGAGUACGAUCCGAAGCGCGCCUAUGUUUUGACUCGUGGUAACGUCCACUGGAAGACAGAUGACCAGGGAGAGACUUGGAAGACCUUCUUUACCGACGCCUAUACGAGUAAUUUCAUCGAUACUAUCGGCCGAUGGAUGAAUUUCCAUGCCGAUGACCAUGACAAGAUUCUAUUUACCGGUAUGGAUUGUCCGUUCCCGGAGCUCUGCGAAGAGGUGGUUAUGUAUACCGAAAAUAACUUCGAGGAUGAUGCCAAGUUCUUGCGCGGACGUACUCAGGGCUGUUGGUGGGCCAAGUCGUCGCCACUUUUCACUACUGGCGAUGAUGAGAAGGAUAAACAAAGAAUUUUGUGCAUCAUCAGAGGCGGCAUCUUCUCACCCCAGGAAGACAACCGCCUUCUGAUUUCCGACAACUUUUUUAGCGCCGAAGGAGCCGACGGAGUCAUCCAGGAGUACGAGCCAGAUUUGAACGGCAAUGGCGCUAUCCAGGGUAUUGUGAGCCUAGUCGAAGUCAAGAAAUACCUCCUGGUAGCUGCCACCUCGCGUAAUACGGCUGAGAUGACUCUAUUCGUGAGCGGCGACACCGUGAAGUGGCAUCGCGCCGUGUUUCCUCAUGACCAUCCUCUCCUAGAAUCCUCGUAUACCGUAUUGGAGAGUACCAACUAUAGCAUCCAAAUCGACGUCAGAACCAGCAAGCGGUUGUCCAACCCUAUGGGCACUCUAUUGACUAGCAAUUCGAACGGCACGUAUUUCACCAGGAACGCUGAGCAUACCAACCGUAACCUAGAAUCCUACGUCGACUUCGAAAAAGUCUCCAACAUUCAAGGAAUAUUCCUAGUCAACCAAGUAGAGAACUGGGAGGAAGUAGAGGAAGGCAAGGCGGGUAAAAGGGUUAAGACGAAGAUCACUUUCGACGAUGGCAGAACUUUCGAGUCUGUCAAGACAGGUGAUGAAGAAAUUCACCUACACUCCGUCACGGAAAUGAACAAUGUCGGCCCCGUCUUUUCAAGCCCUGCUCCAGGUCUCGUGAUGGGCAACGGUAACCAAGGUAGUUAUCUUAGAGACUACUGGGAAUCUCAUCUUUAUAUAUCCGACGAUGCUGGCAAAACGUGGAUCGAGGGGCCAAAGGGACCACACAAAUACGAAUUUGGCGAUCAGGGAUCUAUCCUCCUCGCUGUUAGAGAUAGUGAGGAAGCUGAUGUAAAGGAGAUUAAGUACUCUCUGGACCACGGUAAAAGUUGGGAGACGGCCGAACUGCCCGAAGGCCUGAGUAUCUCUCCUUGGACGUUGCUGACUGAUCAAGGCUCGACCGGCCUCAAGUUUCUGCUUACUGCUAGAAAGGGGUCGAGAGCUUCACCUACUGGCUUCUACGUCGUCUCCAUUGACUUCGAAGGUCUCCAUGAGGAUACUUGUAAGAACAGCGACAUGGAGGACUGGUUCGCGCGAGUAGGUGACGAUGGCAAGCCAAGCUGCGUGAUGGGCCAUACACAGAAAUACCACAGACGGAAGAAGGAUGCGCAGUGCUUCAUCAAACAAGAAUUCAAGGAUCCUAUUCCCGAGUCAUCUCCGUGCGACUGCACCAACGCCGAUUUUGAGUGUGACUUUAACUUUGUGCGGGAUGGAGACGAAUGCAAGCCCGCUGGCCCGAUCCAGGCACCCGAGGGCGCUUGCAAGAACGAUAAUCCAGACGAGAAGUUUUUGGGGUCAUCUGGUUGGCGUCUCAUCCCCGGAAACGAAUGUAAGCGCACAGGGGGGGAUCAGAAAGAUAAACAGAAGGAGUGGAAGUGUUCGGACGCUAAAAGCUCGCCGAACGCACCCGGAAGUAAUGAGAUCGAACACACUCUAGUUCCCUUUGACGGCGAGUUUGAUCGCUUCGAUAAGCACUACCUCGAGCGGGGUGAAUUAGAUCCCGAGGAUGGAGAGACAAUAAUCGCCAGACCGUAUAAAGCGCUCACCGGCGCGGCGGGUGACGUUUUCAUCACGCAUGAUCAUGGCAAGAAUUGGACGAAGGCUAAGUUGCCCGGAGACGAGGGUAUUUACGCGGUUGUCACACAUCCUUAUGUUAAGGAUAUGGCAUUCCUCUUGACCCGGGGAAAAAAGGUCUUCUACACUGUUGAUCGUGGUCGGCAUUUCAACUACUUCGAAACACGAGAUGAACCAGAUACCAGCUUGGAUAGGUUACCUCUUGCGUUUCACCCAGACCGACCAGACUGGCUCAUAUGGCAUGGAAAGAGAUGCACUGGCGACAAUGAUUGCCAUCUUGUAGCCACCAUUUCUACUGAACGCGGUGAAGACUGGAAGACCAUCAAGCGCAAUGUGAUCAAGUGCGAGUUCACUGGCUCAUCUGCAUACAAGUUUCGCAAUAACACACAAAUACUGUGUCUCGCGAGGGCGCAUGAAGAGACCAGAGAUAAUGACCCCCUCCAACUAUUGUAUAGCGACGAGUGGCCAAGAUAUGAGAUGAGCGUGGCCUUGCAGAAUGUUAGCAAUUUCGCCACUAUGGCUGAAUUCAUCGUCGUCGCCACGGAAAAUCGAACAGAGGGGACGCUCAACGCGCUUGCUAGUAUGAAUGGGCGCGAUUAUGCACCAGCACAUUUCCCAUUCAACUUCCAGGUUCCGCAUACAAAUGCAUAUACUGUCCUGGACAGCUCGACUCACGCCGUCAAUUUGUUUAUCGUUACCGAGGACGAGGAAAAUCACCGGUACGGGUCGAUCCUCAAAAGUAAUUCGAACGGAACAUCCUAUGUGCUGAGCAUUGCGGGCGUCAACUGCAAUAGGGGCUAUUAUGUGGAUUUCGAAAAGAUGCUCGGCUUAGAAGGAGUUGCACUCGUCAACACGGUAGAGAACAAGGGCAGCGAUUCGGAGCCAAAGAAGCUUACUACACGAAUAAGUCACAACGACGGGGCCGAGUGGGGAUUCCUGCCACCUCCCGAACGAGAUCUUGACGGCAAGGAAUUUAGCUGCUCUAGCAAAAAUGGAGAUGAAUCAUGCGCUCUCCAUAUCCACGGCUAUACUGAACGAGCCGAUUUUGGGAAGACCUACUCGUCAGAGUCAGCAGUCGGCAUCAUGUUUGGCGUCGGUAAUGUUGGUCCGAUUCUCGGAGAUCCUAAAGACGCCGACACCUUCAUGACGGCUGAUGCAGGGCUAAGCUGGAAGAUGGUGAAGAAGGGCAGCUGGACGUGGUCUUUCGGUGACCAAGGAUCGAUCGUGGUUCUCGCCCAAAGAAAUACACGAUCCAAGUCCAUAUCCUACUCACUUGAUCGGGGCGAUACUUGGAACGACUAUACAUUCACAGAUUCCGAGGUCGUCAUCACCGAUAUUACGACGCUACGUUCUGGUUCGUCGAGAAACUUCCUCCUCUGGGGUCACCAAGGGGACAAGCUCUUCACCGUGAAUAUCGAUUUCUCGGGCUUGGCAAGAGAGCCAUGCAAAGAUGACGAAGACCGGGAAAAAUCUGACUACGAAUUAUGGUCGCCGCAGCAUCCUUUACAGCCGAACGGUUGUCUAUUCGGUCAUAAAAACCAGUACCUACGCAAAAAGAAAGAUCGGAAAUGCUACAAUAGCUACAAGCUUCAGCACUUGUACAACGUCGAGAAUUGUGAGUGUACUCGACAGGACUUUGAAUGCGAUUAUAACUUCGAAAUGGAUAAUCAUGGGCACUGUGCACUCGUCGAGGGUCUUAAACCCCUGGACCCCGAGCAGGUUUGCAAGGAGAAGCCCGAUGAAAUCGAGUACUACGAGCCUAGCGGCUUCCGUCGAAUCCCCUUAACAACUUGUAAAGGGGGCUUCGAGGCCGACAAGGUGCUUCAGGCUCACCCUUGCCCUGGCCACGAGGAAGAAUUCGAAAAAGCACGCGGCGUCUCCGGCGUCGGUCUUUUCUUUGCCAUCGUUCUUCCGUUCGGAUUCGCAUCGCUAGCCGGCUGGUGGGUCUACCGCAACUGGCAAAGCAAGUUCGGGCAGAUUCGACUUGGUGAACAAAGCGGUUUCGACAGCGAUUCGCCAUGGGUCAAGUACCCUGUGGUGACAGUGUCGGCGGUAGUAGCGGUUAUUGGCGCGAUGCCCCUUCUGGUAGGAAGUCUGCGGCGUAGUGUAGGCUCCGCGAUAGAUAAAUUUAGGAGCAGAGGAGAUAGCGGCGGUCGGUAUAGCUGGCUGCGGGGAAGCCAGCGAAGGUACACGACGAGAGACAGCUUCGCUCGAGGCAGAGGUGACUAUGCCAUCGUGGAUGAAGACGAAGGCGAACUUCUUGGCGACGACAGCGACGACGAGGUGUGAGCGACGAAGGGUCUUACUUCUCUUAUCACAUGUAGUGUGGGAGGAGAGGAAUUGAAUGUAUUUUUUGCAACUCGGGAGGCGCAUAGGCAACAGGCAGGGUUUAGGAAAAUCGUGAUGAUCUAGGCGAGGGAUGGUGUAGGCAAGAAUAUGAACCAUUCGUUGCCGUUGUCUACGACGUUAUCUACAAUCACCUAGGUAGUCACUGUAGCAUUGUGCGAUGGAAGAGACAGUUUUAGCUCCUUUUUUUUUGGUUAGCAUCA